UUCCUGAAAUCUUCGGUUCAGCAAGGAUACUCGCGCAAGGAUAAAAAAUUGAUUUUUCGCUCUUUCGCCAGAAUUCGCGAGUUCCAAGUUCCGGUAGGGAGAGAAAAGGAUAGCAAGGAGUUGUCGACCGUUGUCGGAUUGUGUGUUGCUUCGCUCUCCUGGUCGUGCUGGUUUCGGCUUUUUGGGAUCCUUGCAAAGCGCAUCCGGGUGGGAGUUUCGGGCUAGUGGCACUGUUGGUGCGCCUUGCUGUACUAUCGGAUCCUUGCACUUUCAGUCAUUGAACGCGCUCGUGCUAGUGUCUGUGUCGGUGUUUGCGUAUGCGAGUGCAUUUUCCUGGGUGGAAACUUUACGGUCAUCGGUCAGGCAGCGAGAGCGAGAGCAUUUUCCCAAUUUUUCGCAAGUUGAUAAAAGCAGCCAAGUAAAAGGGGUUUUGUGCUGUUAAAGAAAAGAACAGGUUCCUCAAAAUCAACGUUUUAAGGAAUGGAUGCGCUACUGGAUGAGGUUGAGUCCUUGGAGGCUAUCCUGAUGGAUGAUGUGCGAAUAACGAAAAACGCGAGCGGAUUUCCGGAACUCAUCGAAACGACCAUCUUCCCAACGGUGGGCGAAGAGCAGAACGCCCAGUACGUUUGCAUAACACUGCAGGUGGAGCCGGUUCGCGGGUAUCCGGAUGUGCGUCCGCUAAUACGGCUGAAGAAUCCGCGCGGGUUGGACGAUCACGUCAUCGGACAGAUUGAGGCGGCCGUCGAUGAGAAGCUGGCGGAAUCGGUCGGCCAACCGGUGGUGUUCGACCUGAUCGACAUCAUUCGUGAACGGCUUACUGAGAGCAAUCGACCGAGCGGCCAGUGUGUGAUCUGUUUGUACGGCUUUCUCGAUGGUGACGAGUUCACGAAGACGGUGUGCUAUCACUACCUGCAUAGUCAUUGCCUCGCGUGUCACAUCAAUGCUUCGCGGCGGAAUUACGAAGAGGAACGCGACAAGCUGCCGGUGUGGAAGCAAAAGGAGGCGAAACCAUUUCAGGCCCAGUGUCCCGUGUGCCGGGAAUCGAUAGAGGUGGAGGUUGAACCGUUGAUGGGCUGUCGGCCACCGGUCGAACGCGAGAGCGCUCCCCGGUUCCAGGUGACGGAUGAGCUCAAGACGCUGCAGGCAAGGAUGGCUCGGUUGUAUUUGCACCAGAAGAGCCGUGGAGGCAUCAUUGAUCCGGAGGCAGAGGAAACGCCCGUGAUUGCGAUCCAAACCGAGGCAGCGAAUGGCGAGAGCCCGAAAAACACGGCCGAUAUCACUGCUGCUGUGUCCGUCGCUCCGGAACCGGUCCGUAACUCCAACGCACCGUCUCAUCAGGCUGGAAAAGGGAAGCAACAUACGUCGACGGGCAAUAAAAACAGUUCCGGAAAGGGUGGCGGUGCGAAGGGUGGUCCUAAUCGUCACUCAACAGUUGUCGCUGCAGCGGCCAGUAGCAGCAGCAGCAGCAGCAGCAGCUUCUCAUCCUCUGCGAACCAGUCACACGCAAAUGGAACCGAAGAGGACAACACUGCACUCUGCAGCGAUCCGACCUGUAUCGGGGCACAGGUCGAGCAACAGCGUGGCCAUCGGAAUCGUCGCCAUAACAACCAUCAUCAUCAUCAUAGCAAUCGACAUGCCCGGCACAGUCAGCAACAUCACUAUCACCACCACCAUCAUCAUCAGCAGCAGCACCACGGUAAGGGGGGAGGAGCCGGAGGGACAACGGCGAAUGGGAGCGGUGGGGCAUCCUCAUCAUCAUCGUCAGCGGCCACCGGAGGAGCUCCGAAGAACUUAACUACUCCGUGCAACUCCGAUGCCAGGUGACAAUUCGAGUUGCUUCAAGCGCACCAAGCAAUGCAUCUGCCUAGCUACCGUUACUACGAAGACGCACACCGCCAACACCAUCAUCCCCACUAUUACCAGCACCACCAAGAACAAACCAAUCAGCAGCAGCAUCCGGUAUUGGCUGAUUGUGCUCUGACUCCGAUAAUGUUGAUAUAACAUUUAGUUAAUUUCACUCGUAAGCUGUCGAAUCAUCCCCAUCUGCUCCUCUUUGUUACGGGACUCGUUCUCCUGUUGCAGAGGGUAGUUUACGUUGCAACUUAUACUGCUAUUCUAAUCGUUACCAGCACUACCGGAAAGAUACCCGCCGUUAGCAUAGGCCCUAGGUUGCAGUUACGCUUUAGCAAAUCAUUCUUGAACCUUCCCCCGAACCAACUUCCUCGUAGCGAUCAUAAAAUGAUCACCGUUCCGCAAGGAAAUCUAACGAAUCAAAUGUGCCCAGGAAGGCCAUUGUCUGUAGAUCGAUCAUCUCGAAUCGAUCCACUGCCAACGGGGUACAUACGAUCCGCUGUGGCAAUGGUCACACGGCAGAAGAAAGCGAACUGGAAGGAUAUAAUUUCGGUCAGUUUACUUUUCUGUUUAAGGUUGCCAGCGGUUCCUUGUUGGACUUAUUCCCUCGGUUUAUAGUACAGUGUGGGUGGUUAUUGAAAAAAAAGAGAAAGAGCGCACGUAAGCGGAAUCUGCGUUGCUGUGAGUGAGACAUUAUAAUUAUUAUUAUUAUUAUUUAUUCCUAGAGGACUGUGCGCGUGAUUGUGUUCUUAUGGCAGCGGAAGAGGCUUUGUGUUUAAUUCUUUGCGAUGCCAGGCAACGCAUUAGUCAAAGCAGCAGGAGCAUUUUCUCGGUUAACUCCAUGUAGAUUAAGUUAGAGUUAGGUUCGAACGUGAUCGUACCAAUCGGUAAAAGGCACCCAGAGCAUGCCUUACGAUGCCCGAUGCAGGGUCAUCUGUAGCAUAUGCCCUGGACACGACACGUUGUUGUAAAUAGUUUUUUUUGUGAAAGUUUAGUUUAGAAAAUCCUUAUCUGGGAUGCGAAACAAGGCAACAGAAGGCAAUAUCCAUUUUAAUGUGUUUCUUAAUCGUUACCAUACAUUAUCAGAGGGAUUUGAAUAGUUGAAAGUCGGCGACAGUGAUUUUAAUUGAUGAAUUCUGAAAAUGGAAAUUGAUUUUUUUCUACCAGAGACUGCUUUAGAGCAACGCCAAACCUUAUUUUUUGUAAAGUUCUGUUUUUAUUUUCUUUGCAGAAUCGGUUUUCCCAUUUAUAUCUACCUUCCAAAGUUCGAAUUUACUACAAACUACUAUCGCGUAUCAUGCGUGCCAAACGCGGACGUCAAAAGACUAUACAGGAGGAAAUUCAGGAUGAAGAAAAACAAAAGAAAAACCAUGAAAUAUUCAAAUUCAAAUCCAUUUUUUCUAUGUUCCACUAUGAGAUACGAUUACAAUAGGAUACACGAUUACAUUUGAAUGUAUAUCCGGGCAUGGCUAGUAUUCCGAGAAAUGGAAUGAAAGAAAGAAGUAGUCUUCAGGAGUGUUCGUGGUGGACCGAUUAAGUGGUUUAAAAUGCUAAGACUGCAGGAAACUCUGCCCACAGUUGUCGGGAACAAAGUCCUAUUGGUUUACUGAAAUGAUAUCAUCCAAGCUAGAGAAGUACAGGCGAAAACGGAAGGAAGAAAUUAUUUUUUAUCAACCAUAACUAUCAAUGAAUCCAAAUGAUACGGCCAUACAAUUAAUAUUUGAAAAAGCCGAUCAUCAGAAUAACAUCAACUUAUUAAUUGCAAAAGAUGAGAGAUAAUACGUCAAGAAAAACAUAAUAUGAAACAAGUAAAGUUAGAUAAAUGAGCCACAUGAAUGAAUCUACAUAAUUGGCAGCGAAAAAAGGAAUCUACUGAUGAACUUAUAAGCAAAGUGGAAGGAAAAUUACACAUACAUAGUGAAGGAAUUGUACCAGCAAGAAACAGAUUUAUUGUCUAACCUAACUACUUCUCAUACAACCACGGCACAGCGAAACGAGUAAAUGGCUAGACUAGGGUAGCAAGUUUCUCGCAUUGGAUUGGAUACGAUGGAUAUGUAGCCACACAAAUAGCGAUCCCCUUGCAGUCCCCAGGUCCCCACAAAUCCCGUUCCUUCACUGCAGGAUAUGAUCAACGUUAACGUCAACGUCAGUCAGCACACUAAACUCAAAUCAAAUGAAGAGCAAACAAACCG